AUCUUGCCUUAAUCAAACUGUGCCUGACUGUUUCAAUGGAAACUCUAUGUAUGUAAAAAAUCUUCCACUGAGAACCGCAGAAGGUCGAAACUUCCUCAAUUGCUGAUUUUGACGUAACACCAACACAGAGCUCAGAUAAGGGAAGAGCAGCGAAGCGAAGAGACGCACAGUAGUUGUCAAGCGACACCUCAGACCUUCAGAAAAUGAUGUUCCUAUUUCUACCAGUAUGUUUAUUUUUAUCAAGCCUCAACAGUUUGACAGAGGCGAACUCAACGUAUUUACCAAGGAUGAUAUUCACAGACAAAGAGUCGACAAUGAAAAGGUUUCAAUUACCUGGACAAGAUACACCUGUACAUAUUCUCAUGGAAGGAGACAUUGUAACAGUUGUUGGACAAACACACCUGAAUUCAUUCAACUUUCAAGACCCUAAGAAGGCUCCUGUGAAGAAGAGGGUGUUGUGGGAAGAAUGCAAUCAAGCUGCACAAACAGAUUGCAUCUAUAGCAUCUAUGUUGUCAACGAGAUGGACAAGGCCAACCAAGUGUUUGUGUGUGGAACCAAUGGCAAGGAAACGUUGUGCUGUAACAUGAUGCAGUCCGAGCAGCAAGCCGAGUGUGUUCCCUCUAAAAAUUUGGGGGAAAUAAAAAGAAGCAUAAAGGACUUUGUCAUAAAGAAAGGCGAACCGUCUGCUCUUGAAUCUUCGGAAGAUGCAGCUCUCUAUGUUACAUAUUCCGGAUCUCAAGAGAAUGUUGGCAUCCACAAGUUUGGGAAAUACAGAGUUAGACCAACAAUCCACGAUAAAGAGCAGCACUAUGUGGGUUUGGUGCUCAGCAAACGGAGAGAAGAUGAGUCACAGAACAAAGUUUAUGCCUUCUAUAAGGAGAAAAACAAGGACACAGGCUUGUACAGUGAGAAGUGGCUGCCUUUUGUGACCCAGGUUUGCAUGGCAGAUAUUGGUGGGCCCAAGAACAACCUGCAGUUUAGCUGGACGUCCCAGAUGAAUGCCAGGCUUUUCUGUGGAGACCCUGACAGCAGACAGCACUUCUCUGAGCUGGUAGAUGUGGCAACUGUGCAUGCAGACCGGUGGCAGGAUACGAGGGUUUAUGCACUCUUUAGAAAUGAAUGGGGUAUGAGCGCUGUGUGUCUCUACAAGAUACAAGACAUUGACAAUGUCUUCACAAACUCUGCAUUCAAAGGCCACAGCACUGUCGGCCAUAAGGUCAGGCCUAGGGAGUGUGUUACAGAUAGCACAAAGAUUCCUAUAGACGUCCUGGGGAUAAUCAAGCAGACCUCAGAGAUGGAGGAUUGGGUCCAGCCUGUGGGAAAGUCUCGCCCACUUCUGAUUAAUCAUCACAGCUACACUCACAUCUAUGCUGACAGUUCGCAGCACAAGAGGAACAAUUCCCACCCGGUCCUGUUUCUGUCUCUAAAGAAUGCAGUUCACAAGGUCACACAGAAUAAAAGUCAGGCCUUCGUCAUCGCUGAGUACAGACCUUUCAAGCACAGAGACCACAUCCCCAGAAUCAUCCUUCGCCCCUCCACUAGUAAGCUGUAUGUAAGCUCCAAAAGUGAACUGGUCCAACUGGACGUAGCGAACUGUGCCCAGUAUGGAGACACCUGCGAGGGAUGUAUCUUAGCCAGAGACCCCUACUGCGGCUGGAACGGCACACACUGCAGCCCUGAGACAAAGGACACAAUGCAGGAUGUGGAUGAGGGGAACCAUAAUAAAUGCAGUUCUCCGUCAAAGGUUCAGCUCCCUGGCAAAGCAUUCAGACGUGACAAGGCUGAGGACAGCGUAACAAUUCCCUCAGAGUCCAAGUAUUUCCUCCGGUGCCCGGUGACUUCUCACCAUGCCCAGUAUUUCUGGCAACAUGGUGAAAAACAAGUAUCCUGCAGCAUGAGAGAUCAGCAGUGCCUUCUUCUGAUCGACAGUAUGGGUCCUGAGCAGGUGGGGACUUACACAUGUAAGUCAGAGGAGAUGGGCUACCGCAAAGACCUUGCACAGUACCAACUACAGCUGGGGAGUGGAUCGGCAGGCCGUUCAUCAAGCCCGCUGGUUUGGGUUUGUCUGAUGGUGGCGCUGAUCAAGAGUGUGCCCUGCUGGUCAUGAGUAAAUAUUAUGAUAUGAUUCCAAUGAAAGGUGACAGACGAUGAUAUUGAAUCAUCAUCCAACCCUACUUAUGUGAGGGCUGCAACAUUAGGACUAAAUGAAUUUGUUACAAAUUAUGACACAAUCACAAUUUUUUCCUUUAAUUUAACUAACAAAAUUACAUUUUUUUAAGUGCAGUGGCAAUUGUUGAUGACAACAAGUAUUUUAAUUUGGCUAACAAUCUGCUUCAUUGAUUGUGGAAAUUGAAAUUUAUUUAACGUCUAUCCUACUUGAUUAGUCGUAAAAUGUCAAAUGUUCCCCUAACAUAUGCAAAUCCUUUGACCCUUUUGACCCGUGUCUUGUUAGCAUAAUUUAAGUUAAAACAUAUCUUCCUGAUUUACUGUAUCUAUGUUUCUUGAUAACUAUGUUCUAUAUGUGUUCAAUGCAAAUUAUUAUUUUUUUAGGUUUCUCUGGGAUUUUGCUUUUAAUAAGUUUCCAAAAUUCAGUGUAAAAUGGGAGUAGACAACUAUGGUUUGUCUCAUGUAUUAUUAUUAUUAUUAUUAUUAUACAAGUCACAGAUGGCAGACAAAAAGACUGGAUAAAAGAUAUUAUAUUGUCUUCUUGCUUGUUUUGUACGACACCAGGAAAAUUUGACAUAUAAAUAUUAUUAUGAAUUGAAAGUAAUAUAAAUAAAUGUGUUUGAUAAUUUAACUUUUGAAUUUUGUUAAGGUGCCGUACAAAUUGAGCAAGAGCCAUCGUUGGAUUAAUAAUAUGUGUAGAGAAACAUGUUCUCUAAAUCUAAACCUUGUUGACUGUUAUCUGUUAAUCUAAGAACCUUUUGCGGAAGCGAGUCUAGUGAUCAUCUAUCAGGAAACCAGACGCUUUGCUGGAAAUGUAAUUAUACUACAUGAACUAGGGCAAGCUAGCAGCAUGUAGGAAAUCCACGUUGAAUGGUGUUAAGUAUGCUAAAACCAGAUUUAUACAUGUCAAACAGAAAGCUGACUCACUCCUGCAGUAUGAUUCUUACAGCAUGAUGCAUUUCAGUUCUAACUUACUGCAAGUGUUUGCACCCAUUUCCUUUAAUGUGAACUUUCAGAAGAGAGGCGUGAACUUGCUGCAAUUUCCUCUUUCACAUCGUGUCCUACCUCAGAUUUGGUUAACAGGCUUUGAGCUUCAACAGCCUGCACUCUGAACCACUUUCUGUUAGUCAAGACUGUGAGACAAAUUCAAGCUUAAAACUACAGAUUGUGACAUAGUGCUUGUGUUGAAAAUGCAGUUGAGACCUCUAUUUUUUCCGCCAUGCCUAUAUUUAGUCAGUAUGGUGUCUGAAUUGGAAGAACAGAGUUGUGAUCCUUGGUGACUGUGUAAUUUGUUGCCACUUAAACAUAUGAUCCAGUUCAUUGCACCUUAUUGCUUUCAGUCAGAGCUUAAGCACUUUAUUUUGGGAAUGUUUAAUGUGAUUGUGUGACGUUUAAUGUUACUUAUAGUGUUCAACCAAAUCACACACAUCUCUAUCAUUGUCAUGAUGGGCAGUUUGAAAAAGCUAUCAAAAUCAACACAGCAGAAGCAAUCUUUUUAUGAUUUCUUCCUCCUUGCCAAAACCUGGUGACUACAUUCCCCACAGUGCAACUUGUGUUAUGCUCUUAGUGGAUAAUGUAGCCUGGAAGGGCUAACCUGAAGCAGAGCUGGGCAGCAGGCUACAGAGGUUCUGGUAACGUCACUUCUUUCUAACGCCACACCUCCUCACCUUUUUUAAAAGUUUGAGACUUGUAGUCUUCAGCUCCUUCCGCUGCCUUCAGUGACAUCAGCUGAGGGAAUUUCUCAGAUUUUACACAGCUCCCAUAAAAAUCUUUUUCAUAUAUGUAGUGAUACUUCCCAAAACUUUUAAACAGACUGUGAUGCGUGAAAAUGGUUCAGUUCCCCUUUAACAUGUUGCUUCAGUGUUUUUUUAGAACCAUAAAGAAUCAAAGUUCCUCUUUGAUAAUUAUAGCUCAGGAAACACUCAAGGGAAUAAAGGUUGAGAGAAAAAUGGGGCAAAAAUCCAAAUCAAUUGCUGAUUACCCAUCAAAGUAAUUACUAAAACCACUGAUUUGUAAAACUACAGAGACUUACUUACCCAGAGUAGUAUCUAAUCAUGAAGAUAGUUCUGGCUGCAUGUGCUCAGGUCUAAUACAUCUGUAUCUCAGAUCUUGGUGCUGCUCACUUCAAAGCAUAUUGAAUGUAAAUUUCCAAAAAAAAAAAUGUAAAUUGUUACAGAUGCUGUAAAUAGAAUAUCAUUUUGAUGCACCAGCUAUUUUUUCCAGUAUUGCUAAUGACAUCCAACACUGGGCAGACAUCAGUAUGCAGUGAAAAGCUGUUUGUUUUGGAUGUUGUUUCGAUCUUAACCCUUUUUAUCUGUACACAUGAACUUUACACUGAUAAAUAUAUUUUUGUAUGUUAAGAAAAAUGGAUCUUUAAAUCAUU